CUGAUGCACUGCGAGACGGGCGCCUCCCCCGACGGCAAGCUCAACCGCGCCGAGUUCAUCGACAUGUGCAACGAGGCGCUGGGGGACCUCUCGGUGGAGGCGCUGCAGCAGGGCCUCAAGGACCACUCCGACUCGCUCCACGUCAAGCGCGAGCGGCACACGGUGAAGAUGGGCCGCAUCGGCACGAAGCUCGACCGGCUCGCUCUCUUCGCGUUCCCGCUGCUCUACGUCAUGGCGAUGCUCGUCGUCUUCACCGUCAAGCUCGAAGACAACUACAGCUCCGAGGAUGGCCGCGACCCGCCCUGGUCGCCGACGAUGGUUGCCUACAUCCCGCAGGCGACCGUCACCGGCACGGGCGUCUGGCUGCUGCCGCUCGCCGCUGUCCUCAUCUUCUCCGCCUUCGCCGCCGUGGCCGUGACCAAUGUUGGCCGGCUCCACGCCCUCAAAGAGGAGCGGCUGAAGGGCCUCGCCAAGGCGACCGAGGAGUCCAUGGUGAGCACAGAGGCGGCAACCUGGAGGAUGAGCUCAAGGAUGUGGUCGAGCUGCGGCAUGCCCAAGAGCGCCAGGGAGUCGUCGCCCGCUCGCACGCCCGCGACUUCGCGAAGCGACUCCUUUUUCAAGAACGCGCGCGUGGCGCACCACGCCCUCGCGCUGCGGCGCCGGGCCUCGGGCGGGGCGCGGGCCGGCGGCCUCACCAAGUCUCCCGACAGGGCGCGCGGCAGCAAGGCUCGUCGAGGCGGCGGCGCCUCCUCCUCCUCGGGCAGCGGGGCGGUCGACCUCCACGAGAGCGUCGCGGCGGAGCUCACGAGCAGCGGCGGCCUCUUCUCGUCGAAAGGGUCGGACACUGUGGUGUAGGAGAGAGCGAAACAUGUGGGGCGAGACCUGACCAGGUCUCCAGCCGCGCUACGUCAGUAGGUCGUGGCGGGAUCGUAGGACGCCUCGUGCUCGCUGCUCCUCUCUGUCUCUGAGUCUCACACUUUUUUGGCGAUUCCGCGUCUUCUCUGGCCCCUGUGUCGCUCCCCGCAUGUGCAUUUCUGAUACAUAAUCGACACGUUC